AUGUUUAAGCAAAUGCGUGUCACCAUGCACCACCUUCUGCUGUCUGUCUACAUCUUCACCUUCCUGGUGGGUGUCCCCGCCAACAUCCUGGCGUUCUGCAGCUUCUGCCAUAAGGUGCGGACCCGCGCCGCACCCAUCGACGUUCUCCUGCUCAACCUCACCAUCUCCGACCUCAUCUUCUUGGCUUUCCUGCCCUUUAAAAUGAAGGAGGCCUCAGACGACAUGAAGUGGCUCCUGCCCUUCCCGCUUUGUCCUUCCACCGGUUUCAUCUUCUAUGUCACCAUCUACAACAGCACCUUGUUGCUAACCGCCGUGGGCGUGGAGCGCUACCUGGGCGUUGCGUACCCUCUCCGGUAUGCCUUGUGCCGCAGGCCCCGCUACGCCGUGGUGGCCUCUGUCCUCUUCUGGGCGGUGACGUCACUCAACCUCAGCAUCGUCUACAUCAUGCCUUACGCCCAAUGGGGCAACAUGGAGGCAGAGCCUCCGUCCACUUGCUACUUGAAUUUCACUGAAUCGGAGUUGAACAUCCUUUUAAAAGUCCGCCUGGAGCUCUUCCUGGUCCUCUUCUGCGUCCCUUUCGUCAUCUGCUGCUUCUGCUACGUGAACUUCAUCCUUAUCUUGUCGCGUCUUUCCAACAUCAGCAGGCGGAAGAGGCUGAGGGCCAUCGGAUUGGCGGUGAGCACCCUGGUAGUGUUCGCCGUCUGCUUUGGGCCUUACAACGUCUCGCACGUGGUGGGCUUCGCGCGUCAGGAGAGUGGGGACUGGAGGAACGUGGCGCUGCUCUCCAGCACCCUCAACGCGUGCCUGGAUCCGGUUAUUUUCUACUUCUCGUCGGCCGCCGUUAGGAGCAUGCUCAAACGCUGCUUGAGGAACGUCGUAGCUAAGAUGCACAUACUUGGGUGCGGGUGA